GAACCAUUGCUAAAGGACUGCAUUGCAAGGCAUCGGAAUUAAUUAUCGGUCGUACCACCCUGUGUUACAUGACCUGUGUUGUAAAGCAACGCAAACUGUCCGCUUUCAUCGACCUGCGUGUCCUAAAAUGACCAUUUGCACCGAAUGUAUGCUACAAUGGCACACGUUUGCACUGGUUUGACAAGCAAAACCUUCAGUCGUGCGGCGUCGACGUUAUUUCGUCACGUCUGUGUGAGCAAGAGGCUGUCAGAAGCUGCUAUUUGUCCCCUGGCAUCAUACAUUAGGAAAGGUCAAAGCAGUGCGCGGCCUCUCUCCGUGAGCCACCGUCUGCUGGCCAAGCCCGAGAAGCCUGGAGAAGACGCCCAGGAGGGGGUCAACAAUGAGCCCGUUCGUUUCUCCAUCAGCAAGGCCAGCCACAGGACUUGGAAGGUGGACCGUUCGCUGGGGAUCCAGUACAAACGCCCCUGGUGGAAAGUGGUGCCCCUCAGUGUGAUCGCUGUGGGCUUCCUGGUCUGGUGCGCCUUGAGAGAAGAGACGGACAUUGACGCACAGCUGGAAAAGGAACUUUACCAGCAUUUACCUGGAUUGGUCUCCAAUGAAGAAAAUGAGAAAAAAUAAAUAUGUCUGGAAUGUAACAGUAUAUAGUUUUUUUUAUAUUUAUUAGUGACAAGUGGCAGCCAUUUUUGUGGAAUUUUUAUUUGAGCGCUUCUAACACUUCUAAAAUCACAAAUAAUUAUUAAAGUACUUGACUUAUUCGAUUGCCCACACUGCUCUUCUGGUGAAAUGUCCCAUUUGUGUUAAGUCGAGUUUUUAGGGGAAGCGACGUGUGAAACAUCACAGUAAUUUCGGCCCGUACGAGCUUAUUGGAUGUUUUAAAAAGGUGGUGAGACAUUGAAAUCAAGUUUAAAAGUUUUACUCUAAAGAUGUCUGACCAGAUUUUAGAUAAGCAAUGUCAGUCACACACAAGGCAUUUUUUUUCCUGACAGGAAAAAAACCAAAACAUUCUGGAACUCAGCCGAUUUGGAAAAUUCUUGGUGCUUUGUACUCAGGUUAAAGUGGCUGUUCCAAACAUACUAUUUUGACACUAAAUUGUGGACAUCUUGUUGGUUUUGCCAAUGACAGAUUGCUUCAGAAAAAAAUAAAAAUUGGGACUCCAUCUUUCAAAAUUCUCUUUACAGUUUCAAGAUCAGUGCUGCCUAGAGGCAGUUUUUGUUUUGUAAGAAUGUAGCCACAAUAAUUGUCUGCACUGCAUUCUUGAAUUUGCCCAUCCCUAAUCUGCACCAUUGUAUGUAAAUGCUACAGCUCAUUGCCUUGACUGGUAUGUAAUUGUGAUGUCACUGCUGCAUGGUUAUUUUCGCUUUGCCGCAUUUAAAUUAUAUAGACUUAUGUUGAUUAAAACUUUUAAAGUUUA